UCGGAACGGGCUUGUCGCGUCUGCCGUUAUCUAUACGCCACAAAGAAUGCGCCAAAGAUCGGCCUUGGGCAAGGGCUCCGGCGUUUGAUGCCAUCAUGGAGCCGGAAUACAACAGACGAGGGGAGAAAGGGAACAGGCAGGUAUAGAGGAAUCCUAACAGAUAGGUAUGAUUGCGAGAGCUGCUAAUCCCAACCGAACAACGUCGUGUCUGCAUGGCGCUCUCGAGGGGAUGCAAUGGCCCUCGACCUCCAACGAAUCAAGUGCACAACGCGGGUAAAUUUCCGCUCGAAAUGCCCACGGAAUCACGCACAUAGCGCCUGCAACUACGCUCCACCUACCUACAUCCACCACGACACUGAAGAUCCCAACUACACCAACCAUCCAUCACCCGCCAAUACCGUGUCGUGAAGCUAUUCACCCCUACCCAACCCCUCCGCCAACUUCACCCUUCCUUUUCCUCCGCCCGAGCACACGCCUAGCAAGCCCGCGCGAUGUCCGCUCCCGGCUUUCCCGUAGCCCUACCGGCGGGCCUCGCCCUCCGGGGCGACCCCCUCUCCCCUUCCUCCUCCGGUGCGGCAUCCCGGGGACGCUGCGUAGUCGCCGCCCGCGCUUUUCCCGCGGGCCGCACCGUCGCCCGCUUCGACGACAGCCCCGCCGUCGUCGCCACGCCGGACACGCCGCGCCUGGCGCAGACCUGCAGCUACUGCCUGGCCGUCGGGGGGGACGCGGCCGGAGCCGCGGCCGGCCCGCGCCUCCGCGCCUGCACGGCCUGCCGCGCGGCGCGCUACUGCUCGGUCGCCUGCCAGCGCGCGGACUGGCGCGGGGCGCACGGCCGCGGCGAGUGCUCGGCGCUGCGGCGCGCCGCCGGGUCGGGCGCCGCCGAGGGGCCGCCGCGCGUCCUGCCGACGCCCGUGCGCGCCCUCGUCCAGGUCCUGGUGCGGCCCGCCGCGCUGGCCGCCGUAGCCGGUGCCAUGGAGGGCCACGCGGCGCGGGUGCGCGCCGCCGCCCCGGACCGCUGGGCCGCGAUGGAGCUCCAGGCCCGCGCGGCGCUGCACUACUUGGGCCGCGAGGCGGGCCCGCGCGAGGUUGCGGAGGCCGUGGACGUGUUGUGCAAGCUCGAAGUCAACUCGUUCAACAGGUUUGACGCCGACUUCGGCCAGAGCGGCAUCUACGUCAACCCCGCGCUAGCCAUGGUCAACCACUCGUGCGUGCCGAACGCCUUCGUGCAGUUCACCGGGCGCGCCGCCCUGCUGCGCGCGUACCGGGACAUCGCCGAGGGCGAAGAGAUCGAGAUCUCCUACAUCGAGUGCGCUUGGCCGCGUCCGCAGCGCCAGCAGGCCCUGAGGUCGCGAUACUUCUUCGACUGCGCCUGUCGGCGAUGCGCCGACGAUCUGGACGUGUACCAGGUCUGCCGGGCGCACCCGGGCCUCGAGCUCAACGCGUUCAGCCUCGUCCCGGACCCUGACGCGCUGCGGCAUCCGCCGAUCCAGCCGCCGAGCGAUCUCCUGCGUCGCACCAUCGACGACAUAUACCCGGCCUGCUCGGCGCCGUUGCAAGAGCGCGACCCGGCGGAGAGGCCGGGGCAGCUCCGGCGGCGCUGGAAGAUGUGCGCGCCGCUCCGGGAGGCGGGGUUGUUCGCCGUGGAGCCGUUGACGCAGGUCUUAGUCGACGCCGGCGCCUAUUUCGCCGAGCAGAGCAAUUACGCCUACAGCCUGGCCAUCGCCUGCUUCCUCGCCCUGAGAAGCGAUCCGUACCGGGAGCCCAUGCCCUUCUCCGGGCCGAGGGCGAAGGGGAUGCUGAUGAUCGCGAAGCUCUUAGCCCUCACGGCGUCGGAAACCUCUCCCGCGUCGGGGGGAGCCGGCGCUGCUUCGCUCCCCGCGAGAAUUUCCCAGGCCUUGAGCAAGAUGGACCAAGCCACCAUGUGCCAGACCGUCCUAGCCAUGGUUGUUCACUACUUCCCGGAUACCUACUCGAAAGAGUGGCUAGUAUAUCGCCAGGCGAGGGACUUGCUAGAUGACCUCGAGAGCUUGCCGGGCCGCGAGACCGAGAACGCGUUGGUGCGUGCCUUCGCCGCGAAGCCCAGCGGCCCGGAAGAGGCGCGGUUCUUCGAGACUGCAGUCCUACGACCGAUUCAAGUACUGGCCCAGUUCGCCUUGGAAGGCAUGGAUGUUGAUUUUGACUCGUAACUAUGUGUAGCGUAAGAGUCUACAUUUAACACACAAGACAGGGGUUCGGUCAUCCAACGUCCCCCCGCGCUAGUUCUCGGCGAGUCUCUCCUAAGAUAUCUCUUACGAUGGCGCCCGACUUCGUGAGACGUGGGCGGCUUGGUCUUCGGGGGCUGGUCAGGGGCCGCGACCUCCA